AUGGAGCCGCUGGAUCGCUGCGCCCGGCUCCUGCGCACCGCCCUGGUGCGGAGCUCGAUGCGGCUAUGGCUGCCCUGGGGCCUGCUGGGCCUCAUGCUGGGCGGCUCCCUCCUGAAGGCGCUGGGGCCGCUGCCCGACUCCUACAUGAGCAGCAAGCGCAACCUGCUCAACAUCUAUUUUGUCAAAUUGGCCUGGGCCUGGACAUUCUGGCUGCUGCUACCCUUCAUUGCCAUCACCAACUACUGUCUCAGCCGAAACGUCCUGGGGAUGCUGCGGCGUAUCAGCACCCUGCUGGUGGGCACCAUGGUCUGGUAUGUCUGCACUAGUCUCUUCUUGCACAUAGAGGAUUUCACUGGCAGCUGCUACAAAUCGCCAGCACUUGAUGUGCUGUUCCAGGAGCACCUCAGCAAGUGGCAGUGCCGCCAGGGUGGUGGCUUCUGGCACGGCUUCGACAUCUCAGGGCACUCCUUCCUCCUAACAUACUGUGCCCUGAUGAUUGUGGAGGAGAUGGCUGUGCUGCAUGUCCUGAACACUGAUCGGAGCCCACGAUUACAUGCAGUGGUCAAUGCCCUGUUCGUUGCCUUGAGCUUUCUCACCCUGAUCUGGGUCUGGAUGUUUUUUUGCACUGCUCUAUAUUUCCAUGACUUCUCCCAAAAAUUGUUUGGCACCCUAGUGGGUCUAUCAGCCUGGUAUGGAACAUACAGGUUCUGGUACUUGAAAUCCUUUUCUCCUGGACUUCCUCCCCAAAACACUAGCUUGAGUUCAAAGAAGCCUAAUUGUAGCAGAUAAAAGUUUCUGUGUUUCAGAUUUUGUUUUAAAUACAGGAAUAUUAGUUUGUCCAAUGCUACUUUUUUUUUUUUUUAAUAGUAAAGAGCAUAUUUAAGGGGAUGGGAAGAAAGGCCAAUAGUCUUUACAGUCUGAUGCCUGGCUUGUGGCUAUGACACGGUUCCUGGUGAGCAAAUGUUGAUAUCACAGAACUGCCUACCGUGAUUGGGUAUAAUUGGCCACCUAACUGAAAUCUGAGCAGAGAGGCCAAGGGUUGAAUCCCACCUGGAGACUGAAUUAUCUUCUCCCUUCCUGUGGGUCCUGCUGGGGCAAGCUUGAGGCCCAUUGGCAAGGUGCUGUAAGGAAAGCCUGCACUGCUGCCUGUGCUCUCUCUACCUGUUCUGUCGAUAAACAGAGGAUCCAGGAUUGACAGAGGUCUUCAGUCUUUAGGGCUGUCAAACCAACACCUUUCACUGAUCUGAAAUUCAUCAUUCUCUUCCCCACCCCCAUCUUUUUUUAAGAUAAAAUAUUUCACAUGGUCCAAAUCUUGUGCUAGGUUUUAAGUCUGACUUUUUGAAUACUCUAGUUGUAAACUUUACAAAUGUGCCUGGGGCAGUGUAAUGGUGCUAACUAUUGCAACAGACUUUUAAUUGGCAAUCAAAAUGCACUUAUUAAAGCAGAAUGUAGCUGGGUUGUGAAGCCUCACAUUCUCAGACUGUUAAAUACUUUCACAUCCCAUAAAUCUUAAUUGGCCAUCUGUAUAUUCAGCAGUGAGACGAGAGACUUUGUUUUUUGAGACCCAGAGUCUAAUGUUAGGUCAUAGCUUUAAAUUGACUGCUACUCUCAAUCUUUGAAAAUGAAUUCCUAAAAAAUAAGUUUUAUUGCUUCAGUUGAUUUUUAAAAAAUCGAUUUGCCCCUUUAUUCUUGACACUAAUUGUAAAAAUAGCAAGAUGGUAUGUUUUGUUAAAAUGUAAUAAUAAGACGACUCCUCCCAAUUCUCUGUUAAUUGGCUUGUACAAAAAUGUUAAUGAUUUAAAAGAUUUUUUUUUCAGAUGUUAUAAGUUGCAAAUUUUGUAUUUGCAAUAAAAAAACUCUGUUUGAUGUGUACCUUUCAGAUGCCCUGCGGAUUUCUGGCCUCAUGUAACAAGUGCACUGACUGGACCCACUAU